AUGGGUCAGGGACUAAGUUGCACAGCGAGUCAAGAGCAUGGUUUCUUCACAGCUGUGCAGUUUGGUGACUUUGAUACUGUAAAUGCUAUGCUUGAGAGAGACCCAUCUCUUCUUCAUCAAACUGCAUAUGAUCGCCAGUAUCCGCUUCAUAUUGCUGCUGCCAAUGGCCAGAUCGAGAUUCUAUCAAUGCUUUUGGAGCGAUCCGUGGAUCCUGAUAUGGUGAAUCGUCACAAGCAGACUCCUCUUAUGUUGGCUGCAAUGCAUGGCAAAAUCUCAUGUUUGAAGAAGCUCAUCGAAGCUGGAGCAAAUAUUUUGAAGUUUGAUUCACUUAAUGGAAGAACUUGCUUGCACUAUGCUGCUUAUUAUGGCCAUUCUGAUUGCCUUCAAGCUAUUCUUUCUGCUGCUCAAUGCAGCCCUGUUGCCUUUUCUUGGGGAUAUGCACGUUUUGUCAAUAUCAGAGAUGGUAGAGGAGCAACACCAUUGCAUUUAGCCGCCCGUCAAAGACGGCCUGGAUGUGUACAUAUCUUGUUAGACAAUGGUGCUCUUGUUUGUGCUUCAACAGGCGGAUAUGGCACUCCUCUUCAUUUGGCAGCCAGAGGGGGAUCUCUUGAUUGUAUCCGUGAAUUGCUGGCGUGGGGUGCAGAUCGUCUUCAAAGAGAUGCAUCUGGGAGAAUACCCUAUGUCGUUGCUUUGAAGCACAAAAAUGGAACAUGUGCAGCCCUUCUUAAUCCUUCGUCAGCAGAGCCUCUUGUCUGGCCAUCACCUUUGAAGUUCAUCAGUGAGCUGAAUCAAGAGGCAAAAGCUCUGCUAGAGCAUGCCUUGAUGGAGGCCAACAAAGAGAGGGAAAAGAACAUCUUGAAGGGAACUGCGUACUCACUUCCAUCUCCAUCACAUUCUGAUGAUGGAACAGAUGAUAGCACAUCUGAGGGAAGUGACACAGAGUUGUGCUGCAUAUGCUUUGAGCAGGUUUGUACAAUUGAAGUCCAAGACUGUGGCCAUCAGAUGUGUGCACAAUGCACACUAGCCCUCUGCUGCCAUAACAAACCCAACCCUACAACCGCAUGCCUUACCCCUCCAGUUUGCCCAUUCUGUCGAAGCACCAUUGGCCGCCUAGUGGUUGCUAAAAUCAAGAAUUGCAAUGAUGCUGAUCAGGACAUUGGGGACAUUGGUGGUUCUCCAAAGCUGAGAAAGUCUAGGAGGUCACGGAACUUCAGCGAGGGAAGCAGCAGCUUCAAGGGUAUAUCAGCAACAUUUGGAAAAAUGGGUGGCCGCGGCUCAGGAAGGAUAGCUGCGGAAAAUGACUGGAUGGAUAAGCCUUGA